AUGCCAUGGAAGCCUAGGAUUUGCCAUGUGUUGGGGAUGCCGUGUAUUGUGGGCCAGCUAUGCGCCGACGUCGGGUAUUACGAGCCCGACUUUCGGGCCGAAGGUUAUGCUGUGAUCGACUGUCGUAAGAAGGUGAUAGUGUUUAGACCUCCUAGGGAGCAGAAGUACGAGGUUGUGGGAUCGUGUGUGCGUUCGACGCCACAGAAUCUAUCGGCAUUGCAGGUGGCAUUCUUCGGCCAUGUAGUAACUAGUGAUGGUAUAUCAGUUGAUCCUAGCAAGAUCGAAGCUGUGGUUAGCUGGAGUCGACAGAAGAGUUAUGCCGACAAUCGCCACAGGAAUUUAGAGUUUGACGUAGGUGAUCACGUAUUUUUGAAGAUAGCUCCGAUGAAAGGGGUUAUGCGAUUUGGGAGGAAGGGUAAACUUAGUCCUAAGUUUAUCGGUCCAUUUGAGAUUCUAGAUAAAGUGGGACCGGUAGCCUACAGGCUAGCUUUGCCACCUGUAUUGUCCAGGAUUCACAACGUAUUUCAUGUUGCUAUGUUGAGGAAAUACGUCCCAGACCCUUCUCAUGUCAUCAAUUAUGAUGAGUUGGAACUUAGUGAUUCAUUGGGAUAUGAGGAGGUACCAGUACAGAUUCUGGAUAGGAAAGUGCAAGAGUUACGUAACAGGACGAUUCCUCAAGUAAAAGUCUUGUGGAGGAAUCAUGCAGUAGAAGAGGCUUCUUGGGAGUCUGAGGAGCAGAUGAAGCAAAGGUAUCCGCAUUUAUUUCAAGAAGUCUGAGUGAAUAAAUGUAAAUAGUUAAGUAGUUUUCUGUUGCAGGUACAUGUAAUGGUUGAAUA